AUGUCGUACGUCGAGGAUGAGUACUACGACGAUGAGGAGUACUCUUCGGCGUACGAAGACGCGCAGUGGGCCCCGGUGUCCGGCGAGCUCGGGGGGCAACCCCACACAACCGCCGCAACGGAGAACAUCUGCACCACUUUGACCGUGAGCGAGGUCAUGGAGGAGCUGCGACGCGACGUAGAGAAAGCCAACGAGAUUCUCGGCCUCACUCCCGAGGCAGCGCUGCUCGUUCUGCGUCGCUAUGGUUGGAAAAUGGACGACGCCACCCUUGAGAACUAUUUGAAUGAUAUGGAGAACAUUAACAAGGAUUUGAGGAUCAUCGAGGUUGCUGGUAGUGGUACAGAUGGCGUCGCACUGGUCCAGAGCGAUACGGUUCUGGAGUGCCCUAUUUGCUGUGACGAUGUGCCGGUUGGAAAAGCGGUGGCCCUCGCAAGAUGUGGGCACUUUUUUUGUGUUGACUGCUUUACGACAAAUCUGCUCUGUGCCAUCAAGCAUUACCACGACCUUUUCAACAAGCGGUGUCCGAUGAAAGGGUGCUCCUGCAUAGUGGGGUUAAAUGUCUUUAAAGAACUUCUACAGCCGAAGGAGUACGGGCAGGUGCAGCGCCGCUUCCUCGGUGAGUAUCUUAGCAACAACACACACAUGCGCUGCUGCCCCAACGAGGUGUCCUGUGAGGGGGUGAUACGCGUCAACGCUCUACGGGAGUCUGGACCAGACGUGCGUUGCUGCAUGUGCGGUCUGGAGUUCUGCUUCAAGUGUCUGCAGUCUCCACACGCCCCGGCGACAUGUCAGAUGCUGAGGCGUUGGAUGGAUAUGGUGCGGGAAAACGAACCCUCGCUGGCACUUAUUCAACAAACGACGAAGGGUUGCCCAAAGUGCUCCGUCCGCGUUGAGAAAAAUAAAGGUUGUAACCACAUGACUUGCGUCCGCUGCCAGUACGAAUACUGCUGGAUCUGUCUGGGCCCGUGGUCAGAGCACAAUACUCAGUACUACAAGUGCGAUAAGCAGGUGAGUAAUGAUGAAGUGAAGAGUGGAAAGCAACUAUUCCUCGACUGCUAUGAGCGGUGGGACAAUCACAAGAGAAGCAUCAUGUUGGAGGCCAGGUCGCUUGAGGAAGGUUCAAAGGAUCUGCGAAGGCUCGCGCAGCGUAGGACAGAGUCACUGACGCUUGACAAGAGACUGAAUGUUCUUCUUGAAACACAGCAGGUUUUACGUGACUGUCGUGUGGUUCUGAUGAAUGGGUACAUUGCGCUGUUCUUUGGGGAAUUGGCGGAUACCUCCUUUCACUACCGCCUGCACCAACUGGAGCUGAGGACGGAAGAGACUAGCAGGCUCAUUGACGUCUCGCCUGAGCUUCUCGACGCGGAUGAGAUUCAAUGCCGUGUUGCUCAAGCAGCUCAUUGGUGCAAUGUUCUGCGGAAAGAAGGGUUUGAUUGA